AUGGGCAGCGAGGAGGUGCGCCAACGCAGGGGGCCACGUCGGUCGAAAUACGAGCUUCACGACAGGCCCGCCUCGGACGCCCGCGAGGAGGCGCCGCCCCGCGGGCCCCAGGCCUGGCGGCGCCGAUCGCGGGCUCGGGAGGCGGGGGCCACGGGAGCGCCGUGCCAUGGCGAGGAGAUCGUCGACGGGGGGGGGCA